AUGUCUGCUGAACGUAACGGCUCGUACAUUGUCCUCUCGUUGCAACAGCGUUUGGAAGUCCUACGGAAACUGGAGUACGCUGUCCCGAUAAGUCAACUUGCAACGGAAUACGGAGUCAGCAUCGCGACCAUUCAUCGCAUCAAAAGGAACGGGAUCCAGCUGCAGCAGAAUUCGGAGACAUCCGGGAAAAUCAGAAAGAGGAUGAGGAAGCCGGUGCUGCACGAGCUGGACGAUCGGUUGUACGCAUGGUACUUGCAACAGCUGAUGAUCUGCCCUCGCAUCACGGACGCGCAAUUCCAUAGGAAAGCGUUGGAGCUGAAUAAACAAUUUGCUGGCCCGUCGACGUUCACAGCGAACAAGGGCUGGAUAUGGCGUUUCAAGAAACGCCACGGUAUAGCGAUCACGAAGAUCGUUGCCGCGAACGAUGAAGCGGACGUUGCCACAAAGGCUGAGGAAUUGUUUGUCCAGGGCCUCCUAUGGCGUAUCGAGGAGGAGAACAUACAGCUCGAACACAUCUACAACAUGGAUGAGAUGAGACUGAUGUGGAAGACGCUGCCUUCGAGGCUACUGGCCCACACUGGCGAUAAAAAUAUACUGAACAACAUCCAAGCAGAUAGAGUCACCGUGGGACUUUGCGCUAAUGUUACCGGCACGCACAAGCUUCCGCCAUUGUUCAUCCACGGGUGUGAAAAGCCACGGGCCCUGAAGCAUUUGAAUCAAGAGGAAUUACCGGUCGUCUACAAGAGCCAGAAGAACGCUUGGAUAGACAAAGUCGUGUACGACGACUGGCUAGAGAACCACUUCAAACCAGCUGUAAGAAGGCGCCAGUUGGAAAGCGGAUGCCACGGUAAAGUGCUACUACUGAUCGACAGGAAUGAUGCUCACAUUCUAGCGAAACCGCUGAACAUAAAGGAGGAGAAGGACGAUAUAGAAGUUGUGCUUCUUCCCGCGGACACGAGAUCGACCUUAAACCCAAUGGGACAGGGGAUAAUGGAGAAGGUGAAGAUAUUCUUUCGCCAUUUGAUGCUGAAGAAGAUUUCAGAGUUUCCUUAUGGAGUCGCUCAAUUCUAUUCGGACUACGAUCUGAAGGAUUGUAUCGAUAUGGUAACCGAGGCGUGGAAGGACCUACCGCGGAUCACUAUCCGUGAUUCGUGGCAGAAAAUUUUAGGAAACAGAGUGAAAGAAGAGAUCGUUGUGAAGGAGGAAACGUGCGGCUCCAAAGCAAGUAUUGCUAGUAUCAAAAAUAUAGUUAGCGCGAUAGUUGGGACCACGACUGGUCAACGAGAGAUCGAAGAUUGGCUUUCGUCGUGUGAGAAAGGGGAGGGAGAUCCGGUCAUCAAGUGCGAGAAGAACUGUCCGGAUCAAAAGAUUCCUUCUUAUCUGGAAGAAGAGGAAGUGGAACGAACGUUUUCAAAUCUACUGCUUUGGUCGUUAAAUCAGCCAGAGUUUAUUAAAUUGCAGAUACAGGUUCUAAAAAAAUAUUACGAAGAAGUGCAAAAACAAAGUAGUCUUUGA